AGCGAACUCCGCGUUCCAUCGAAAAUUCCGUUCGUUCGAUUCUCAGAGCGCGCAAAGGUAUUCGUGCCUAUAGCCGUGCACGUGUGCGCGAGCACCCUAUCAGGGAAGUAAGAGGGGAAGGUUAUCGACGGCGCCUCGUAGAACGAGAAGAGGGCGAGAGAAAGAGCGUGCGCGAGAGAGAGAGAGAGAAAGAAGUAAAAGAGAGCGGGUGAAACGGUGAAGAAAGAGAAAAGGCUAAAGGAGAUAGUUCAGCACUGGUAAGGCUGUGGUGUAGCCAGCAAGUUCGUGACGUUCGGCGUGCGAUGGUGUAGACCGCGUGCCGGGAUACGGCAGUGCACGAUGGUGGGGAGGAAACGUGAAUGAUCCAUAGAAGCCCCUAUCGUUGUGUGACCGGGCUAGGCCGGUGUGUUAGUCUAUGGAGCGCAGUGUACCGAUGGAAGGGAAUGGGAUGGUAGUGGAACGGUGGGAAACGUCAAAGAAAUGGUAGGGAUACAGCCGGGUAGAGCGGUGGGGUGCGGGUAGAGGUUCGGCUUCGGAAAUGGCCGCGGGAAAGUAGAGAGCGUUACGUCGUCCAGCAGGCAACCGAGCCAAAAGUUUUUCGAGUGCAGCGCUCGUUAACCCGGCGCUUCGGGCGUGCGAUUCACCGGACACUCCGAGUACGGUUCUGCGAUGUUUUAAGUAAAAGUCUCGGUAGCCGGACCGACGGACAGACGGAUUUUGUACGAUUGUUAUCUGGCCGGCGAACUCAGUGUCCGGGUGGACACAGCCAGUGGCUGAAAGAGAUCAGUGCGGGCGGCGGUGCACGAGGAUGGCCGGCGACGACGGUGCACCACCAAACAAUGAGAUUCUCGGUACGGUCGGAGAGGAGGGGCAGGGUGCGUCAGCGCGGGGGGAACCGCAUUCCAGAGUGGGCGGCAUCCUGGAAUGCGAUCCCCCCGGUAACAGGAAUUUGCCGAGCGAGCGAGCCUGCAACGAGCACGACGACGGAAGCGGUGAAACCGUGAUUGCCGACGACGAUUGUAACAACACCACCGAAGCUGUUGGAACCGCUGUGAUUGCCGACGAUAACGGCGGCCUGUGCCGAUAUGCUAUCGGCACCGCCAAUACCGCUAUGUCUUUCAUCGAAGUUUGUCAGAUCCGACUGCAGCAUCUUUUCCCGCAAUUAGUUUCGUCCUCUCAGCGGUAUAGCCUAUGCGAGGACUCCAUAGAGUUGACAGCGGAAUGUUUGGCCAACGACGUGAUACGAUAUCUGCUGAAAGAAGAUAUUUAUCUUAUAUCACGAGAUCCGGUCUCCCGUAGCAUGAGACAUAAUGUGUAUCAGAUGCUUAACAAGCACAGUAUUUUAUUUGCAAGCAUGGUAAACCGUUUGAAUGUUAUGCCGGACACAGCAUAUGAAGCGUUCAUGGGUGUCGCGGAUGAGCUGUUUUUGCACGGUGGCGUUACAUGGCCGAGAAUCGUCUGUUUGUAUGCGUUCAUGGGAAGACUUGCACUCUGGGCACGUGACAGGCGAAUGCACAGCCUGAAGAAAAAAUUACCGUUGUAUGUCUCCAGAUUUAUUGGCGAAAAAGUGGCACAUUUUAUUAAAGGAUACGGAGGAUGGGAUCAACUAUGUAUAGAAUAUCCGGUGGCAGAAGAGAUUAGUGGAGCUAUCUGGAGGAGCCUUCUCAUGACUGGUGCAACCCUUGGUUUAGUUGCGACUAUUUUAACUGUAACUUCCUGAUAUACCCUUACAAAUCAAGCCUCUCAGGGUAUGUUUUACACAAGACCUUUUAGCGUACUUAUAUUCUACCAAAAUGCGCUGAAAAACAAUUUUCAAGAGUUUGUAAGACGCUCUUACAUUAGUAAUGAAUAUGGAAUUGUGUGACUGGAAAGCUGAAUGUAUUAUGUCUUUGUAAUGGAUGCAGGAUGUGAAUUUAUUCUUGUCCUUGUAAUGCACACAAUCUUCAUAUCAAUGUCACUUCGUUUAGAAACAUCCUACUUUUUAUGUAACUACAACAAAUAUGUAACAUAAGAGAAGGAUAACUAUACAAGUUCCCUAUUAUAUUCAUAUUUUGUACUAAUUGCAGCUCGAUGGAGUAGUUAAAUUAGUAAACAGAAGUCUUAUUUAAUGUUAAUCUAGACAUUUCAUAUCAAAAUAAUUUCAUACAAUACUCAAAAUUGAACUUCCAGAUAUUUAUACCAAACAAGAGUCUCAAAAUUUUAUUGAAUUUAGGUAGAAACAAUCUAAAUAUAUUUAUUUAUAAUUUAUUUUAGGUAGAAAAUAUAUUAAAUAAUAAAUUCCCCUUGUCAAUCAAAGACCAUCAUAAUGGAUGUGUAAGAUUUAUAAAAAAAUGAUUGAUGUAAUAGUGCUUGUUAAAUAUAUGAUAACAUCUUUAAACAACAGUGAACAUUAUAUGUGGUAGCUUCUAAUAACUUUACAAAAAUUUUGUAUAAGCAUUUGAAAAUAAUAAACACUUCUACAAAAUAUAAAUUUUUCUAUUUGUAUAAGUUCUUCUACAAACCUGUAACAAAACAAAUGUUAUUUGCAAAAUCAAGUACAAGAAUUCUAUAUAAUAUGCAUUUAUUUGAACAUUUAAACAUUUUAUGUUAAUAAAAUAUUUAGAUGUCUUUUUCUGAUUAUUAUAAAUGAAACUUUUGCAAUCGUAGAACAGGUUAGACGAUUCAAUUCAAGUAGCUGAUUUUUAUGAAGAAUAUUCAGUCAAUUUCAUUAAAGAUUAAUACAAAGUUAAUACAUUCAUUUACGCUUAAUGAUCACAUUUAAUAUAGUAUUACUUAAUAAUGUAUAUUGAUUAAUAUCGACGUCAUACCCUAAAAUCUGUAAUGAAAA